CCUCAGAAAAGCAAAGAUUUUUCUUAAAGAAGAUUGCUUUCUCCAGCCAUUCCCCACUCAUUAUGUUUGUUGCUUAAAGCUUGCACUCAACUCAUCUCUUUCUCUCUCCUAAAAGAUAUUAUCAAAAAGAUCCAAUUGCCAGCUCCCAUCUCAAAGGAAACUUCAAGAGUCCAACUUAUUACUUAUAAUUAGAGAGAGAGAAAAACCCACAAAACACUGAAUUCAGGGUCAUCUGCAUAUAUAGAUAUAGAGAGGAUAAAUAUACUGUUAGUUACUAUAUAUGAUCAUGGAUGGUGAUAUUGGUAAUGGAAAUUCUAAACGCAGGCCUAAUUUUCCAUUGCAAUUGCUUGGGAAAAGAGAAGAAGAAGAAGAAGAAGCAGGAUGUUCAAGCUCAAAGAGGACCGUGUCCGGUUCAGAACCACCCAAAAAGCCGCCGCCGAAAAGAACCACGACCAAGGAUAGGCACACCAAAGUCGAGGGCCGUGGACGGCGGAUCCGUAUGCCGGCAACAUGUGCUGCUAGGGUUUUUCAGCUUACCAGAGAAUUAGGCCUUAAAUCUGAUGGCGAAACAGUUGAAUGGCUGCUUCAACAGGCUGAGCCGGCGGUGAUUGCAGCCACCGGUACUGGAACCAUUCCGGCGAAUUUUACUUCAUUGAAUAUAUCAGUUAGGAGUUCAGGCUCAACCAUGUCGGCGCCGUUAAGGAACAGUUUUUUCAAUCAAAAUUACGCGGCUAGCUCUCAGUUGAGGUGUAUUGAGGAAUCACAGAGAAGAUUUUUGUUCCCUGAGAUAGGAUUAUCGUCCCAGAAUGAGACGAUGGCUAAGGGAGAGACGAGCAUGGGAAGAAGACGGCAACCGGAGGAAGAACUGCCACCGCUACUUCAGACACAAAUGGGGAGUCAUAAUUAUAUGUUACAAUCAAGCACAAGUUCGAUUCCGGCAAGUCAAGGCCAGAAUAUUCCGGCGACGGCAUUUCUUAUGGUGACAAAUACUAAUAGCCAGGUGAUGAGUAGUACUAGUGGUAGCUCUUUUUGGCCAUUAGGAAGUGCAAUGUCUGGUGGUGGAUUAAAUUUUAUGAAUUUUCCUCCACCUAUGUCAUUCUUGCCAGGGCAACAACUCGGGGGCGCUGGUGGUGGUGCGGUGGUGGAUGGCCAUAUGGGCAUGCUUGCAGCACUCAAUGCUUUUAGGCCAAUUUCAGGUAGUACUGCACCGUUGGAUGCACACUCAAGCGAUCCUGAUCAUCAGCAUGUUACAACGAGUCAUCACUUCUAGAUCAUAUUUCACCAAGAUAAAUUCAGACCCUCUUUUUAUUUUCACUAAAUUCUUGAACAUUUAUGUGUAUCUCUUUAUAAAUGUAUGCAUAUAUGUUGAUGGUAACUUGCAGUGAAUUAUAUGUCUACUUCUGA